UUGGCAAUGAGUUCCCUUUGCACUUGCGCUUCCAAUUCAAUAACUUGGUUCGUAGAGAAAUGGAGCGAUGAUUAUGGCGUGCUUUGGAAUUCGAAUUGGAAGGGAAGCAGCAGAAAGAGAGAAAUGGUGAUGGCAGUUUCGGUUUCUCAAUCGAGAAGGUCAACGGCGCUUCUGAUAUCAUCGUUGCCAUUGAGCUUUGUUUCGCCAGCGGAGGGUAGGGAUAGACGCAACAAGAAGAACAUUCCCAUUGAUCAAUACGUUGCUACUCAGGACGGAUUGAAAUACUAUGAUUUGGUUGAGGGAAAAGGUGCAGUAGCUGAAAAAGGAUCAACAGUUCAGGUACACUUUGAUUGCUUAUAUCGUGGCAUCACAGCUGUAUCGAGUCGAGAAUCUAAACUCCUAGCUGGAAAUCGCAUCAUUGCACAGCCGUAUGAAUUCACGGUGGGAGCUCCACCAGGAAAGGAAAGGAAGCGUGAAUUUGUUGACAACCCGAAUGGUCUAUUCUCUGCUCAAGCAGCACCAAAACCUCCACGUGCCAUGUACACAGUAGUUGAAGGAAUGCGAGUUGGGGGAAAGCGAACCGUGAUUGUUCCUCCUGAAAUUGGGUAUGGAGAGAAGGGAAUGAAUGAGAUUCCGCCUGGAGCUACAUUUGAACUAAAUAUUGAGCUUCUGCAAGUGCUAGCUUCCUGAAGAGUGAGCCUUAGUCGAUUCUUUUCAACAACUUUAUGAUUAAUUUAACUUCAGAAUUUGUACCCUGUCCAUGCUACGGCUAUUCUUUUCCCAUUAACCUUUUAUGUUCAUUUUCUUUUAAUCUUUUUCGAGUAGGCCGAGAAACUCUGUAUUUAAAAU